UAUAUACUCAUUGUUUUCUCUGCUGUAGUAAUCGAACUUACUUGUGAUUUGUGAGACCAUCAAAAGUACUUUCAUGCUGCACGAUAAACUUUUCUCAUAAUAUGUUUCACUUAUUUACAGGAUCCAGAGAUGUGUCGAUAUUUUGGAGCAAUGUUCGAUAGUCGUUUGUAGUUAUUUAUUUGGCUUAGUCGUCACGCUGACGAAAUUAUUUCUUUCAAUAAAAGAUACUAUUUUCUUUAUCGAGAAAGCUACUGAUGCGGCGUAAAAUUUUAAAAAGCAUGAUUUGGGUCGUUCGCCAUAAUAUUAGAAGCACUUUUUUUUAAAAUUUGUUCUGUAGUACAAUCCCUAUCAGCGCAGCAGCAUUAACAAAACAAAAAAUCACCCUUAUCACUGAUAUUAGGUAUGUGGGCUUCUCCGCCAUAUAAAAAUUUCUUUGAUUCAAAAUCAUGUUAUAAUCUCUAGGUCCCGAUUGUAGAAACAUCAUUGCGACUCGUUACUUCUUUUUCUUUGGUUUAUCUGCUGGAUAGAAGUAUAGAAGUUAAACCUGAUAAAUUAAUGCAGAAUCAACUCUGAAGUAUCAAGUAUGUAGGUACAAGUUUGCAAUAAUCUGCGCAUUGGACCCUAAAUUAACGGAUCCGGGCAAUGGGCACGCUUGUGAUGCAAAACUAACAAGUGCCAUCAAUUUUAUUUACGAGUUAGGUUGGUUUUUAGCUGAUCAGGUGUACAUCGAGCUGCGAUUUUGUUACAAGCGAACUGCAUCUGUACGCAAUAAUUUUUAUGCAUUUACUGAGUGAGACAUUUGGCAAUGGCGGCGCAAUCUGCCGCCGAUUACUUUGUGCCGAUUUGGUAUAGCGCCACUGCAGCCGCUGUCUGCAUAAGCAGCUACAGUGACGUUGUUGCUAAUCAAUCACAAAAAAAAAACAGAAAUUACGGAGAAGCAGUGCACUCGAAGACAUACGAAAAUUAACAACAGAUUUUUAUGACGUUUUCGUCUCGGGCGCAGUUUGAAUUUGUAAGACGCCAUUGCUGUUAGUGUUUGUCGCUUAACAUGUCAUCAGAGAAAAUAAUGUCGCUACCCAGUGUCUCCGAUACAUACCCGCCGCGGGUGGAUUUUACAAUGACACCUUUGGCUUUUGGACUCCGCGCGGUUCCACUUUUAAUGAAAGAAAUGCAGUUUGGCGAAGUCAUUGUCCGGCGACGAGCUUUGAAUUCUCUGGCCAUGUAUCUGUGUGAUCCCCGUCACGUACAGGAAUGUCUUGAUCAGGGAGUUAUACGGAUUCUGAAUGGCCGGUUGCGUGAACAGGACUAUCUGGUUCGAGAACGAACCACUGCGUGUCUCCAGUUACUGUCUCAAUACGAGAGAGGAUGUGACACCAUCAUACUGGAAGAUGUUGUGGAUGUGCUGCGCUACCGGAUCGAUGACGAGGAAACUGAUGUGCGAGUCAACGUUUAUAGCGUAUUUCGUAAAUUGUCUACAAACAUUAAAGGAGCAUUUGAAAUCGCUAACUACAAUCUGGUCGUUGAGUUCGUUGCAAAAGUUCAUAACGAAGUACCCGAAGUGCAAAAGGUUUUGUUGGAAAUUCUGCAUAACAUUAUGGAUCACAGUCUGAUUCGACAAGACAUCUUAAAGACUCCAGCGGUUCAGUAUUUCACCGAAUUCCUCCAAAAUCCCGAUGUGGAAAUCCAAGAACGAGCCGCUCGAUGUUUAGGGGACGUUGCGCAAGAAACAGAAGGCAAGAUCCAGGCUAACCGCACCGGUACCGUAGAACAGCUUGUCGCAAUGCUAUUGGAGGAACCAACCGGAUGCCUUGCAGCAGUCACCUAUGCUUUAAUGAUGAUCUUAGUGGACAUUGAAGCGCGCUACCGAGCACUGAAGCAUUCAUCGGAUUUGCUGCUGCGGCUAAUUAAGGUUGCCCGUAAUCCUACCUUGGAGGUGGCGAUUAAUGCAUUAAAGUGUGCGACACUCUUAGCGGAAACGCCGGAAAGACGCGCUUUAUACACUGCAGAGCUGGCAACUGUGGAGGAUCUCAACACAGUGCCCGAGCCGCUGUUGAAACAAGCCAUCAAGACUUUCGUUGAGGUUGUCACGUGGAAGCCAUAAUUACUCAAAUCCUUACAGUGCGAUUCAACCGCAUGUCUGUUGAUUUUUCAGAAUAAUGAUUGAGUUUGAGUAUAUAAAGUUCAGUAAUUACCUAUAAUAUGAAGACUUAAUAAAUAUCGCCCCACGAAGAAAAAUUGAAUAGUGACCAUUCUAUGACGUCAUUUCUGACUUUAAGAUUGAUUACUGAGAAACGUUUACUAGUA